AUGGCAUUCAAGUUUGUAUUCGCACUCGCUUUCGUCGCUGUUGCCAGCGCUGGCUACGCUCCCAUUGCUCCAGUUUACCAUUCCGCACCAGCCGUCGCCGUGCACGCAGCACCUGUGGCUGUAGCCCAAAAAGUUGUUGUGAAGUCGGAGGAAUACGAUCCUCAUCCUCAAUACAAAUUCUCUUAUGGCGUUGAUGACAAACUCACCGGUGAUUCCAAGAGCCAAGUGGAGGAACGUGAUGGUGAUGUGGUCCAUGGUGAAUAUUCCCUCAUUGACGCUGAUGGUUACAAACGCACUGUUCAGUACUCUGCUGAUCCCAUCAAUGGUUUCAACGCCGUCGUGAACCGUGAACCUCUCGUAAAAGCUGUUGCCGUCGCUCCAGUUGUAAAGACUGUUGCUCCAGUUGCCCACUACUCCGCUCCAGUUGCUCACUACGCUGCUCCAGUUGCCCACUACGCCGCUCCAGUCGCUCACUACUCAGCCCCCGCCCUGGUCAAGACCGUUGCCCCCGUAGCUCAUUAUGCUGCCCCAGUGGCUCAUUAUGCCGCUCCAGCUGCCCAUUAUGCAUCAUAUGCUGCCCCCGCAGUUGUCAAAUACCAUCAUUAA